AUGGCGACGAAGUCACUCCCCAAAGACGGCAUCUUUUGUUGUGAGAUGCCGCACCCUCUGGGCUUUGUAACAACACCCCCGCCCGUCAUUCGUCCGGGAACCAUUGUCGUCGCCGCGGCAGCCCCGGACGUCGAGAAGGGACACCCCGACCAAGAUGGGUGGCUUCUUUCCGACUUUUACGCCUUCAACUAUUUGCCAAAGGGCGUCGGUGGGAAUCAAGCCUGGCUGACAGCAGCUGAUCCUCUCAAACUCACCCAGGCCGGUCCUCACACUGGCCGCUAUCUGCACGGGAAUCCUUCCCGAGAUAGAAAGAUUGUUCUGAGCAAAAAGCUGCUCGACGCAAACGAGCUUACUCCCGUCGUACUUGUGCGCUCGGACAUGACCUCCCGCUUCCUUGAAGAAGUCCAUGCCGCAUCGAGACGAGCGGUGAAGAAUCAAGUCUCUCUUCUCCUCUCGGGCUUCUGCCACACUCCGGGCACCAUCGCGAAAACCUGUCACACGACUCUGUACUCGACUGCUUGUUACUCCGGCGGGUGGAUCGUGAGAGAUCUGACCCAUCCAGAGCGCAUGCCUCUGGACGAUACUAUGCUGGAUACCGCUAAGCCGAAGGCCAUGUUCGAUGCCUGGCAAAAUUCACCUUCUAUCAUUCGUGCCUGCGGAUCCAUCUUCGCCAACGCAGUCAUCGACACACUUACAUCCUUAACGAGCCCGCUUCUCGAAAGUGGCGAUCGUGAUGGUAAGCUGAGCGUCGACAAGGAUGAUGAACAACAGUCAGAAGCGUAUCAGAGCUUUUGUCACUCCGUCCUCGAUAUUCGCUCAGGCCACAGCCGUCAUUUCGCUCAUCUGUCGUCAUUAACAAUCAACGCCCCAGAUGACCAGUGGGAUUGGAACUGGACUCAGCGGUCCGGUAUUCUCUUGACGUGUCCCGGAGACUGGAACUCCGGCUGGGGACCGCUCACGCGCGGCUGUCUCCGAGCAUUUGUCGCCGGAAACACGACCCCAGACCCGGACAUCGACGUUGCCGCGAUGAUGGCAUUUCGUUGGGGGGUGAGCCUGUUGGCAGACUGCACGGUCCGCUAUUUCAACCUGGCGGCACCGAACAACGAGCCUUGCAUCAUGUGGGACAGCGCCGCGUGGACGUGUAAGGCGCCGGCCAUCAUCCCGGAUUACGAGGAAAGGCACGAGGACGCCUGGAGCGCUCUCCGCAACGCCGGGGUCGAAGCUGACCCGUCCGAUGUCCAGGGCCCCCCCUUCGGUCGAUUCGCAGAGUAUCUGACCGUUGCAGUGUCGAAUCUCUCGAGAGAAGCUUCCUUGAGUGUGACCGGAGAGAUGGGCGAGUUUAUGCAGAGAAUCAGACAGUUCAGCAUGGAACGCAAUCUCGAGGCCGCUAUUUGCAGCGACAGCGUGAUUGCAAAGGGCUGCGAGCUGUGGGAGAUUCUUGGAAGUGGAACCUGA